UUCUGCAGUAAUGUCUGAAAUUUUCACGUACUGUGGCUUUCUGUAGUGUCGAAUGAUUCACUCGAAAGGGGGUGACAUUCUUUCUUCCAUUCGCGGUCCCUGAACCUGGAAUGACCUCCUGCGAUCCUCAGCCCCUGUGCUAUGGUACUGAUGCAAGCUCACAGGGAGAGAGAAUUGGACCAUGGUCCGCGACUUGAGAGAACUAGUUCGGGUCCGCAUCAUCCCAAAGUUUGGAAUGCGACCCGCCAUAACGGCGGAGAUCGCGAUCAGGCGUCGCUGGUGAUGUUUACUCGUCUCUGGGGCGUGAUCAUCCAUUCUCCUGCUGAUUUGCAAGGCACAAAAAUGCCCGGGAUGUUUGUUUACUUCCUCCUGGUUGUGAUGUGGCAUGCUUCCAGGGAAUAUGGAAAAAGGGAAAGCAGGAUAAAAGGUCCAGCAACCCGAUCGGUCAUCUGUCCCAUCGUCAGCCUAUUGAAUCGUUGAGGUCCUCUUUGCGUGUUUUCUCUUCUGCGUGGACGUGUUUGAUCUGAUAUUUUCGUUUGGCCAACGGCCCAAGUCGCUCUUUUAUAAACUAUUUCUUUUGCAGCGUACGGGAAACUUCCGACGAUUACCUCACCAUGAAAGGAUUUGUAGGUGGUGUGCCCGUGGCCUUGCUCGCCGCAGCGGCUUUGGCGCAGGCUCAGGAGGGCAUCCGAGGACCUGCUCAGGUGAAUGGGGCGAGCAACGUCCGCCGCCAUCAUGUGGAAUAUGUGCCAAGCGGCAAUACAGUGAUUGGAGGGCCGAGCGGAAGCGACUCGGGCAACAGCGCCAGCAUUGAUUUCGAGUCGGAGUUUUCUUCUAAAGUCAACGACGCGCAGGUUGAUGAUCAUGGGGUCGACGUCGACAAGACCACCGACUACCACCCACACCCCGUCCACAACGAGGUCGAGGAAGGGUUCUCGGAUCCUUUCCCGGAGCCCUUGCUGGCGCCCAUCCCUCUCGCAAUGAAGAAGCGCCAAGAAGGCAAUACGGCUAUUGGGGGCACGUCGGGGUCCGACGUUGGCAAUGCCGCCGACUUGAGUUUCGACAGCGAGUUCGACUCCGAAGUGAACGAUGGGAUAAUCCCGAUCCAUUAUCGACGUCAUGCGAGGCGCCAGGGCGAUUCCGUCAUCGGGGGUCCUGGGGGUUCUGAUAGUGGUAACAGUGCCAGCUACGAUUCCGAGAAUGAAUUCGAAUCUGAAGUCAACGACUCUGAAACCGAGGUCGAGUCCAAGGUCGACGAUGCCUACAAGGACGACCAUCAUAUUGACUACGAUGAGUUGAAUGAUAUCCAUCCUCAUCCGGUUUACAAUGAAGAGGUCGCUCCUGCCCUGGUCCCGAAGCCAUUCGGCGAGUCCUUGUUUGUGAAGCGCAAGGAUGAUAAAGAUUUUGGACUGAACACCGACUCUGAUUCCGACUCGGAUGACGAACACCACACCGUGCCUUUCAAGAAGGGAAAUACCGUCAUCGGUGGUCCUGGAGGAUCUGAUACCGGCAAUGAUGCCGCCUUUGACUUCGAGAGUUCCUUUGAUUCGAAAGUUGAUGACACCUUUCACGAUGAUCAUCACAUUGACUACAAUGAAGCAAACCAUAUCCAUCCCCACCCGGUUCACAACGACUUCGAGUCUCACCACGUCCCUGAACCGUUCUCCGGGCACUUCUUUGUGAAGCGCCAGGGUAACUCUGCCAUCGGUGGCCCCGGCGGAUCAGACAGUGGGAGCGAUGUCGAUUACUCGAGUGAACAUGAGCUCGAAUCUGAGGUACAUGACGCCCACAAGGACGACCACCACGUUGACGCUUCUGUUGUGAACGACAUCGGAGGUGGGGGAGUGUACAACCACCAGACUUUCCCGCACCACGUGUCGGGGCCUGUGCCUGUUCCCUACAAUAUUCCUGGCCCGGAGUCAUUUGAUGGACCCCAGCGUCCGGCUGUCGCCCACGACCCUCAGGUUCCGGCGGCUGUGCCCGGCCCUGAAAUGCAGGCAAGUGCACACGCCCCCAGGAGCGAAGCUAGUGUCCAUGGGCCUGCGAGCGGGAAUGUCCCACCAUGCAGCACUGUCGUCCACGAGGUUGUGCACACUGUCACACAGACCCUUCCCUCGCGACCGACAAUGGCUCCCAUGGGCAUGUUUUCGGCUGUUCCUAUGGCUCCUUUCGGUCACCACGCACCCGCUAGCAGUGGCGGUGCAGACUUUGGCGCGAUGAAAGAUUUCUUCGGAUCGCAGUACGCCCCUUCGCCUAGCUCGUCCGCCGCGGCGCACAUGUACGCUGUGCCAACGGGUGCGAUGCCCUAUGCUCCCACGCAUGCUGUGCAGCAUCCCGCAUCCACUGUGACUAUUCACAAGACCGGGUCCUCGGUGGUACACAUGCACGCCUUGCCCACCGGUGCUGCCUCUGGUGUCGCCACGAACGCUGCUGCGCAAUAUCCUGCAUCGGCGGCGACUCUCCAUCGCACCCCGUCUUCGGUCGCUCACAUGAUGAACGCUGUCCCGAUUGCCGCCACGCAUCCUGCGCAGCAGCCUUCGUCCACCCUCACCCUCCAAAAGACAUCGUCCUCGGCACAUAUGCACGCCAUGCCAACGGGAGCCAUGCCGGUUGGUGCUACCCAUCCUGCCCAGCAGCCUGCGUCCACUCUCACGGUUCAGGCCGCUUCGACCUUCGUCGCGAUUCCUGUGUAUGUCCCUGGUGCGUCCAGUGCCGCCAGUCCAAGCGGCGCGGCGCCUGUUCAAACGUCCCACAGCAGCGCGGCCAAGGCGUCCCAGUCUGCUCCGGCCUCGUCGACCCCUGCGAAGCACCACGGCAUGAUGUUCACCGGCGGUGCGGCCUCAUUUUCGCCCAACACUGCCCUGGUUUCUGUCUUUUGCGGAGCCGUGGCAUUGCUGGCCUAUGCUCUGUAAUGGAUUCAUCAACCGUUGAAUUGGGGGGAUGAGGGUAUUCGCCUAUGAUAUGUUCGGUGUCGCUCUGGCUUGAUUGUACAACGUAGUAAUGUUCAUGUCGUUCGUUAGGACAGAAUUGUGCUUUAUGAUUGAUCUGUUGUCUUGUUGUUUCAUCUUCGAAACUAGUCUUGUAUGCUCUUCGUCCAUUUAAUAUUAUCAUCUUAUAUGUCCCUAUUCCUUCUCGCGUUCCUACCUCUAUGUAGUCAAGUUUGCAGUCGGCAUCCUCCACUUUGUCCCUGGAGGCAGCGUUCAGGCAUCACUCCGUAGAUAUCC